CGACCACACUUUUUGCUCACGCCCGCUUUUUAACUGCAAAAGUCCUGACAGUAGAAGAGUGACUUACUAUGCGGCCACAUACUUUGCCCACAAGGCCGAUAGACGAUUAAAGGUGCUCAGCGUCGUAGCAUGUCUGGCGUCCUCGUCACCCGCCGCCGCAUCUUCCGAUAUUCCUAACACCCCUCUACAUUGCACGCGACCCCUACCUCCGAGACCACGAUGUUCGAAAAAUCGCUGUAUGAUCUUAUCCGUGGUCUGCGGAACCACAAGGGCUCCGAGCGCGAGUACAUUGCCUCAUCUCUGGCAGAAUGCCGCAAGGAGAUUCGAAGUCAGGACAUGAACCUCAAAGCAACUGCACUCCUCAAACUAACGUACCUCGAAAUGUUUGGGCAUGACAUGUCUUGGGCUUCGUUCAACGUGCUGGAGGUCAUGUCUUCUCCCAACUACGCGCAGAAGAAGAUCGGAUACUUAGGCGCCAUGCAGAGUUAUCGCCCGGAUACGGAGGUGCUUAUGUUAGCGGAAAAUCUGUUGAAAAAGGAUUUGACGGCCCAGAAUCCAGUGGUUAUUACUCUCCCGCUGGCUGCGAUCCCCCAUGUGGUUAAUCCGUCCAUGGCAAACUCACUUCUUGGAGACCUAUUGCCACGGCUCACCCACAGCCAACCAGGCAUUCGCAAAAAGACUAUUGUGACGCUGUACCGACUGGCGCUUGUCUACCCAGAAACACUGAGACCAGCAUGGCCAAAAAUCAAGGAGCGACUUCAGGACGAAAAUGAGGAUCCCAGUGUCACAAGCGCAAUUGUAAAUGUGGUAUGCGAACUUGGGUGGAGACGCCCGCAGGAUUUUCUGCCUCUUGCACCAAGAUUAUUUGAUUUGCUGGUUGAGGGGCAAAACAAUUGGAUGGCUAUCAAGAUCAUUAAACUGUUCGCAACAUUAACACCUAUAGAACCUCGCUUGAUCAAGAAAUUGCUACCUCCUCUUACAAACAUAAUGAAAACGACACCCGCGAUGUCUCUUCUGUAUGAAUGCAUUCAUGGAAUUGUGCAAGGUGGCAUCCUCGAAAGCGUUGAGGGAACUGCAGAGGGCGACGAGCUUGCCCGCCUUUGUGUUGGCAAAUUGCGCAGCAUGCUUACCGUAGAGGGUGACCCAAACCUGAAAUAUGUUGCACUUCUUGUUUUUCAGCGCAUCGUCACGUCACACCCUUACCUUGUUUCAUUGCAUCAAGAUGUGAUCUUGCAAUGCAUUGACGAUCCAGAUAUCUCGAUACGCAUGCGCGCUUUGGAUCUAGCCGUUGGAAUGGUCAACGCUGAUAACCUUCAGUUGAUUGUUGACAGGCUAGUUGCACAAUUAUUACACGCGCCUUUUGCGCGUGCUGAAGACGAUGCUAGUUACGACCGAGGAUUUCAUGGUGGCGUGGAGCCACGCGCCGAUUCGGAUGAUGAGGAUGCUGGAGAGUCUCUCCGCGGACAAGAAGAGAGAGUUGAUGAAGCAGUCGCGCUACCUGAGGAUUACCGCAUUAACGCUAUUCGCAGUAUACUGAGGAUCUGUUCACAGGACACCUAUGCGAAUGUUUCCGACUUCGAAUGGUAUAUUGAGGUCCUGGUCAAGUUGGUGAAAGCGUGUCCAUCGUCGUCAUCGGGAGCAAGCGGUUCGACUUCGGAUAGUGACGAUAUUUCUCUUGCCAUUGGGGAGGAAUUACGAAAUGUUGCCGUCCGAGUUAAGAGCCUAAGACCGGAAGCUACAUUAGCAGCGCAAUCACUUCUCAUGAUUGACACGCGGGCGAUCUAUUUUCCGCCAAGUGGAAAUGGCGGCCUGGGUGUCCUAGGCCCCUGUGCGUGGAUCGCAGGAGAAUAUUCUGAGCAUUUGACCAACGCUGAGGGUGUUUUAAACUCAUUGAUACACGAAUCAAGUUCCCAACUAGCAGCAAGCACCUUAGCCGUGUACGUACACGCUGCGCUCAAAGUACUAGCAGCUAUAUGCAAGUCAUUUGAGUCGAGGUGGAGCGCAUCGCAUCGAAGCAGCGUGAAUCUACUUAUGGCUCGUGUCGUUCAUUUUCUGGAGCCCUUGGCUCGACAUCCUGCACUAGACGUGCAGGAAAGAGCAGUGGAAUAUUUAGAGCUCUUAAGGCUCGUGCUGGAAGCUGUUUCACAGAACAUGUCCGAUAUCAACCCCCCUCUGCUGCUUACACAGGCUAUACCUCAACUGUUUUCUGGAAUGGAACUCAAUCCUGUUGCACCAGUUGCAUUGAAGAAAGUUCCUGUUCCAGAAUAUCUGAACCUUGACGCACCCAUAAACGCCAAUUUGCAGAGGAUCCUGCAUGACGCAGACAAUGAUUACCCAGGAGCUGUUAUGGUUGACGCGGACUUUGAUGCGUUCUACAACCAUCGCUUGGAAGUCCAUUCCACUUUUAGGACUGCAGCAGAACGACUGGAUUCCGUGCUUGCCCCAUACGAAGCUGCUGAAUCCUAUCAGCAAAGUUCUGCCUCCGAUCAGCUCGAAGCUGCUGAGCAAGCCUCGCGACUUAGAGAACGGCGAGAGAGAAAUAGAGAUGAUCCAUUUUACAUUGGAGAUGCCGGAAACGACUCUCCCGCUGCUGCAAGUUUACGAAAUAUAAUCAAAUCGAGCAACAUGGACGAUGAUUUGGAUAUCGAUUCAAUACCUAUCAUGGACCUCUCUCUAGACGCCACAGGAAGCGGGGGCUCUGGUGCUAGGACGCCAGUUGGUUUUCACGAGCUGGAGCAACAAAGGAAGAAGGUGCCUAGAAAGAAAGUUGAGAUCGUCCUGGAUGAAAACAUUGAUUCCUCCGAGAGCACACUGUCAUCAUCACUAGGAGCUCCGCGAAUUAGUGUGUCGAAGAGUAAAAAAUCACUGCUGCACGUAGACUCCAGUGGUCUCGCAUCUCUCAGCCUCGAAGAGAGUGCGAAUGGCAGGAGCUCUAAAUUAGAUAUCGAGCAGCGUGAGGAAGAAGAGCGUGCACUCCGCGAGGUUGAGAGGCUGCGAUUGGAGAUGCAACGCGCGAGCGAGAGAAUUCAAGCGAAAGAGGAAGCUGUGGUUGUGAAAAAGAAGCGAAAGAAGAAGCCUGUGCUACUGGCCGAUGAAGGGCAAGUUGUGGAAGAGAAAUUGGAAGGAGGAACUGUUAAGAGGAAAAAGAAAAAGAAAAAGGAGAGCGAAACAGGAGAAGUUCAAGACAUCGCCAAUGGAGAAGCUGAAGCAGAUGCGGCGGCGACAAAGAAGAAAGUGAAAAAGAAGAGGGUCGCAAAGAUUGAGGAAUCCGACGUAGCGGCAACCUGACGAGCCGUUGCCGCCUCAAAUUCAAUUGCAACGAGCACCUUUACGACGCCCGCUACUUUGUUUCCACCUAAAGAGAAGUAUAGUGGCCAACAUCUACUCUUUCUUGCAGCACGUCCGUGUUGUUGCAGACCAGAGCUUAACUUUUGUUGCAUUCACAACUACGAGCCUGAGCGGGACCUAAAACUGCACGUAAUUGCACUAUAAGUUCAGUCGAGCGCACCUGAAUAAAGUACAUUUGUCGCAUUGCGCCGAGAGAGUUGUGAGAAACAUGUCGCUCAAUUACGGGCUGAGGAUAUAUACAGUAUUCGCACAUAUUUGAUUCACUAGCUGAGUUUGUAGCUACCAUCGUCUCAGUCCAGACCUUUGGACGCGUUAUCCUUUUGGGAGACACAGUAUCGUGUAGGAAACUUCCAAACAGUAUGCUUGAUGCAAAAUGACUGCCUAGCCAUUGGAGGCUGCAUCCACGAUACUUCGAUAUGGAUAAUUGCUGGAUGAGACACUCUGUUGUGUUCUGAUGGCCGCAAAUGGCGUACGAACGCCUUUGUCCUGUGAAACUCAAGUCUCACUAGCUUUUCCACGGAUGCUGAAAGUAGCCAGGUACAAAUUCGGUCAUGAAAAUGUUCGAUAUUCAGGUAGCCAGGCACAGCGCUCGGAUCAAAAACACCAGGAGUAUUUGAUCCUUUUCAAUGGAGAAAUCAUUACCGCUUCAUGAGAGCGAGUAACAGCUACAGCCCAUCUUGAAGAUAGCAACCCAUACGGAAUGCAUCUUGCGGCAUUUCUGACAGCGAAGUUUGAAUACGGUGCGAAGUUGCAAAACCUGUUCACAUAAGUGAAAAAUAAGAGGGAAAAAUGGCAGGAUGGCCGGUCCGAAGUCGAUAGCCUAUAAACUUGUUUGAGGCUGCAGUGCAGGAGAAUGAAAUACACCUGUAAAUGCAAUUGAUAAAACCAGGUUACUUCACACAGUUGAACUGGUCUCGUGCUUUCAUAUCCAAAAUCUAUAGUCCAACGAUAUCUGCACAAUUGAGAC